CACUAGGCAAUCUCAUAACGAUCUCAUUUUGUUGCCAUAGUGAUGAGUAUGUUGCUUCUUCCCUUGCUUGUAGUGAGCUGGGAUUAUGAGUUGCAGAGAUCCUUCCCUUUCUGCAUUUCAGGACAUGUUGAAAUUGUGCAGUGCUAGCUUUCAUGUACUAGUUUUUCAUGAGGCUGUGAAGCCGUUGUUAGACUCAUGAAGAAUUUUUAGUCCUCAUGUUUGCAAUGAAUGCAUUUGCAAAUUUACAAACAUAUACGAGAAGAUGGUCUAAGGUCUUGCAUUAAUUAUUUUAUUUCAGGAGAAUUAGGAAACAAAAAGACCAAUGUGCAAAUGUGAGGAUCCUUCUUGACGGGGAAUGGCAAGUUUGAGGACGAUGGGGACUCCGGCUGGAUCCUGUAAAACUAGAAACCCAUCUUCAACAAACCCCAGUUCCACAGCAGAUUUGGCUAGUCUCUUUGAAUGUCCAGUCUGCUUUGACUAUGUUUUACCUCCAAUCCUUCAAUGUCAGAGUGGACAUCUUGUGUGCACCACAUGUCGCCCAAAACUUACUUGUUGCCCCACUUGUCGGGGUCAACUUGGAAACAUCCGGAAUCUGGCCAUGGAGAAAGUGGCAAGCACAGUGAUGUUUCCAUGCAAGUACACCACCUCUGGUUGCUCUGCUUCCCUCCUUCACACUGAAAAAGUAGAACACGAGGAGAGCUGUGAGUUCCGACCGUAUUCUUGCCCCUGCCCCGGUGCUUCCUGCAAAUGGCAAGGCUCCCUUGAACAAGUCAUGUCUCAUCUUCUUCAUGUUCACAAGUCAAUCACCACUCUCCAAGGGGAAGACAUAGUAUUUUUGGCUACUGACAUCAACCUCCCUGGUGCAGUGGACUGGGUUAUGAUGCAAUCUUGCUUUGGACACCAUUUCAUGCUGAUUUUAGAGAAACAAGAGAAGUAUGAUGGACAUCAACAGUUUUUUGCCAUUGUCCAACUAAUUGGUUCCAGGAAACAAGCUGAGAAUUUUGCAUACAGGUUAGAGCUGAAUGGACACAGGAGGCGGUUAACAUGGGAAGCGACUCCAAGAAGCAUCCACGAAGGUGUUGCUUCUGCCAUCAACAACUCAGACUGUCUUGUGUUUGAUACAUCAAUUGCUCAGCUGUUUGCCGACAAUGGAAACCUGGGGAUCAAUGUCACCAUCUCUAUGGUGUGAAUGGAGAAAAUUAGAAAAAUGACCCUGAGAGGGGCGUCCCACAUGUGUCGUGGGGAACGAUCCUCUAUAACUUGGCUGUGAUGUGCUUUCUCUCCCUCCUGAUAUGUUUCUAUUUCCCAUCUUCUUUCUGAUGAGGAAUUUCUUCCUGGGCCUGGAACCCUAUCAUAUGGAUAAGAAAAUUAAAACA